CCCGUGUCCAGGCAUCCAAGUCUCCUCCAUCCAUCCUCUCUGGAACUUUUUUUCUCCCCCCGAAACUCCAUCACAUCUCUCCAUUUUACGCGCCUUUUACGCAGUAGCGCUUAUUGUUGUGAUCACGUGGUCGCCGGCGUGUGCGUGUCCUACCUGUUUUGCCAGUCCCCGGUGCUCGGAGCGUCGUGUCCGGUGAUCAGCGAGCCCAGUUCAAAGUGAUUGAAGAUAGCUAACAAGCUUCGUAAAGGCAACACUGAAGGAAGAUGGGACAGCUAACUGGAUUGUGUUGUCUACUCCUUCUAAGUCUGGCAGUGCUCACCACCGCCAGACCCAAAACAGGUGCACAGCCAAAGUGUAAGUCCGGCCCUGUAGAUUUGGUCUUCUUGAUUGACAGUUCUCGUAGUGUUCGACCGCAUGAAUUUGAGACCAUGAGGAAGUUCAUGAUCGACAUCCUCAACGAACUGGACAUCGGACCUGACACAACCAGGGUCGGCGUGGUGCAGUACUCCAGCCAGGUGCGCAGUGAAUUCUCCCUGAAGACCCAUUCCAAAAUGGACGCCAUUGUGAAGAACAUCAACGAGAUCAUCCCCCUGGCCCAGGGCACCAUGACUGGACUGGCCAUCAAAUAUGUCAUGAAUGUGGCUUUUACUGAGGCCGAGGGAGACAGGCCUAAGGUGCCUAACGUGGCUGUGAUCGUGACAGACGGGCGCCCUCAGGACCGCGUGGCAGAGGUGGCAGCAGAGGCCAGAGACAAGGGCAUUGAGAUCUUUGCUGUGGGCGUGGCCAGAGCAGACAUGACAUCACUGCGUGCCAUGGCCUCCCCUCCCUUUGAGGACCAUGUCUUCCUGGUGGAGUCCUUUGAUCUCAUUCACCAGUUCGGACUGCAGUUCCAGGAUAAACUCUGUGGAGUGGACUUGUGCCUGGAGUCGGAGCACGGCUGUGAGCACAUCUGUGAGAGCUCUCCAGGGUCGUACCACUGUCUGUGUCUGCCCGGCUACACCCUCAAUCCCGACGGCAAGACGUGCAAAGCCAUCGACCUGUGUGCUGAAGGAAAGCACGACUGUGAACAGGUUUGCCUCCCCACUCCUGGAGCCUUCACCUGUGACUGCAACAAGGGCUACCAGCUGAACGCCGACAAGAAGACCUGCUCAAUGAUCGACUAUUGUUCGUUCGGGAACCACAGUUGUGAUCACGAGUGUGUGAGUGUGCUGGGGGGCUUUAACUGUCGCUGUAACCAGGGAUACAGGCUGCUCGCCAACGGAAAGACCUGCCAGGCCAUAGACCUGUGCGCUGAGGGGAAGCACGACUGUGAGCACGUUUGUAUACCUGCUCCUGGAGUCUUCACCUGCGACUGCAACCAAGGAUACUCGCUGAAUGAGGACGAGAAGACCUGCACACCGAUUGAUCUGUGCGCUGAGGGGAAGCACGACUGUGAGCACGUUUGUAUACCUGCUCCUGGAGUGUUCACCUGCGACUGCAACCAAGGAUACUCUCUGAAUGAGGACGAGAAGACCUGCACACCCAUAGACCUGUGCGCUAUGGGGAAGCACGACUGUGAGCACGUUUGUAUACCUGCUCCUGGAGUCUUCACCUGCGACUGCAACCAAGGAUACUCUCUGAAUGAGGACGAGAAGACCUGCACACCCAUAGACCUGUGCGCUAUGGGGACGCACGACUGUGAGCACGUUUGUAUACCUGCUCCCGGAGUCUUCACCUGCGACUGCAACCAAGGAUACUCUCUGAACGAGGACGAGAAGACCUGCACACCCAUAGACCUGUGCGCUAUGGGGAAGCACGACUGUGAGCACGUUUGUAUACCUGCUCCUGGAGUUUUCACCUGCGACUGCAACCAAGGAUACUCUCUGAAUGAGGACGAGAAGACCUGCACACCCAUAGACCUGUGCGCUAUGGGGAAGCACGACUGUGAGCACGUUUGUAUACCUGCUCCUGGAGUCUUCACCUGCGACUGCAACCAAGGAUACUCUCUGAAUGAGGACGAGAAGACCUGCACACCCAUAGACCUGUGCGCUAUGGGGAAGCACGACUGUGAGCACGUUUGUAAACCUGCUCCUGGAGUCUUCACCUGCGACUGCAACCAAGGAUACUCUCUGAAUGAGGACGAGAAGACCUGCACACCCAUUGACCUGUGCGCUGAGGGCAAACAUGACUGUGAGCAGAUCUGUAUACCCUCUCCUGGAGCCUUCACCUGCGACUGCAACAAGGGAUUUAAACUCAACCAGGACAAGAAGACAUGCACAAACAUGGACAUGUGUAAGACAGUGGCUCAUGGCUGUGAGCACCAGUGUGUGAGCACCCCUGGGUCCUACUACUGCAUCUGCCCUGAGGGCCAGCUGCUGCAGGACGACGGCAAGAGCUGUGGCACGUGUAAAUCUGCCAACAUUGACCUGGUCCUUCUCAUUGACGGCUCUAAAAGUGUGCGGCCUCAGAACUUCGAACUGGUGAAGAAGUUUGUGAACCAGGUGGUGGACUCUCUGGACGUGUCUGCUCAUGGCACCAGGGUGGGUCUGGUGCAGUACUCCAGCCGCGUGCGCACAGAGUUCCCCCUCAACAUGUACCACACCGCUGACGAGAUCAAGGCUGCUGUCAUGAAGGUGGACUACAUGGAGAAGGGUACAAUGACUGGCCUGGCUCUGAAGCACAUGCUGGAGAACAGUUUCUCUGAGGCAGAGGGGGCUCGUCCUGCCAGUCGUAACAUCCCUCGUAUAGGCCUGGUAUUCACCGACGGGCGCUCCCAAGAUGACAUCACUGAGUACGCCAAGAAGGCCAAGGAGGCUGGCAUCACCAUGUAUGCGGUGGGUGUGGGCAAAGCUGUGGAGGACGAGCUGAGAGAGAUUGCAUCCGACCCUGUGGAGAAACACUUUUACUACACCACAGACUUCUCUGCCAUCAGCACCAUCGCAGAGAACCUCAAACUCAACGUCUGCCCAGCGGAGAGCCAGGGGGAGAUUGAGGUGAAGGACCCCUGCGCCUGUGAGAGUCUGGUGGAGUUCCAACAGGCUACCAUGAGCAGCCUGGAGCAACUCACUCAGAAACAUAUCCUUUGA